AGGUGUUGUGUCUGUUAGUUCUGGCUGCUGAUAUGGUGGUUUAGGCUGUGUAUUUGUCGCCAGUGACUUUUUAUUCUCUACCUGUCAGAUUUGCACCUUAUGUCAGGGUUCUUCUUUUCAUUUUACAUAUUAGGGAAUUACGAGCAACCCUUACCAUCUUGGCUGGAAUGCUUGGCACAUACCUGAAUGUCCUGGCCUUGGGGCUUCUGUUUCUUCUUUUCUCAAGUUGGGUGGCCUAUGUGAUGUUUGAAGAUACUCAACAGGGGAAAAUAGUAUUCACUUCCUAUGGCACCACAUUGUAUCAGAUGUUUGUUUUAUUUACCACAUCCAAUAAUCCAGAUGUUUGGAUUCCUGCAUACAAGGCUUCACGUUGGUACUGCCUGUUUUUUGUUCUCUUUGUGCUGUUGGGGGUCUACUUUGUCACGAAUUUGGUCCUUGCCGUUGUUUAUGACAGUUUCAAGAGUGAGCUUGCAAAACAAGUUUUUGAGAUGGAUCAAAUGAGAAGAAAUAUGUUGGGGAAAGCAUUUGAUCUGUUAGAUGAUAAUCAUGUUGGGUAUCUUAACAAAGACCAAUGUAUUGAACUCUUUCAGGAGCUGAACAAGUACAGGACUUUGCCAAAUAUUUCCCGGGAAGAAUUUGAGUUGAUAUUUGAUGAGCUGGACGAUAGUCAUGAUGUAAAGAUCAACAAGGAUGAAUUUGCUGAUAUUUGCAAUGCCAUUGCUUUAAAGUUCCAGAAGGAGGAUAGUCCAUCUUACUUUGAUUACUUUUCAUUCUACCAUGCUUCUAUCUCCAAGAAGUUGAAAGCCUUUGUGCGGUGCCCCAAGUUUGGAUUGCUAAUAUCCUUCAUUCUUAUAUUGAAUCUGAUAGCUGUUGUAAUUGAGACAACGCUUGAUCUACAAAAUAAUUCUGCUCAAAAGGUGUGGCAAGGGGUUGAGUUUGUUUUUGGGUGGAUAUAUGUAAUAGAAAUGGCUUUAAAAGUUUAUUCAUAUGGAUUUGAGAAUUAUUGGCGGGAUGGUCAAAAUUGCUUUGAUUUUAUGAUCACAUGGAUAAUUGUCAUCGGGGAAACUAUGACUUUUGUUACACCUGAUGGGCUGAUCUUUUUCUCAAAUGGAGAAUGGAUUCGGUACCUUCUUUUAGCAAGAAUGCUGAGGUUGAUAAGGCUCCUUAUGCAUGUCCAGCAAUACCGAGCCUUUGUGGCAACCUUCCUAACUCUCAUACCAAGUUUGAUGCCAUACCUUGGAACCAUAUUUUGUAUCUUAUGUAUUUAUUGCUCCCUUGGUGUACAGAUCUUCGGUGGAAUUGUCAAUGCUGGAAAUCCCAAAUUGGAAACAACAGGCCUUUCUGACAAUGACUAUCUGAUCUUUAAUUUUAAUGAUUAUCCAAAUGGAAUGGUUACACUUUUCAAUUUGCUAGUCAUGGGAAACUGGCAUGUAUGGAUGCAGAGCUACAAGGAAUUAACAGGAACUUCUUGGACCUAUCUUUACUUUAUUAGCUUCUACUUAAUAACUGUUCUGCUGCUUUUGAAUUUGGUUGUUGCUUUUGUCUUGGAGGCAUUCUUUGCUGAAAUGGAGCUUGAGACGUCUGCUGAUACUAGAGAAGAAGAUGACAAGGAGGUUGAAGGAGAAAGACAUCGAAGACGACGUAUUGGCACCAAAUCCCGCAGCCAAAGGGUUGAUGUUCUUCUUCAUCAUAUGUUGAGCUCUGAGUUGUGUCAAGCACAGCCUUCACAUCCAUAACGGCUGUUGCAGGUGAAACGGGAAAGCUACUUGUCUACCUGGUUUUUUCUCUUACGCAAAGAAGUCUGUCUUUGUUGAGCUUCCUCAAUUUAACUUGGGUUGUAAACCAUUUCUUAUGCCGUAGUUUUUUUUUUUUUAAAUAAAUGAACAACAACAUGUGGUAGCUUAUGAUAAAUGUGAAUCUGUAUUUUUUUUUUUAAUCGUUACGGGAAGCGCUGAGGAGAACAUUUCAGUAUAUACAUGUAUCUGUAAUGCUUCAUGGGUCA